AUGGACAGGGUUCUUGGAAAAUUUAGCAAUGAUAAUUCCGGUAUAGCCAGAACUCCAAUAGAUACGAGCCAACAUCUGUCCGAAAAUAGAGGUAAAAGCGUUAACCAAGUGGAAUAUGCCAGGGUCAUAAACAGUCUAAUGUACCUUAUGAGCUAUACUAGACCAAAUACUGCUUCCACCGUGAGCAGUUUAAGCAAAUUCACAAGCAAUCCGGGGGGAAACCACUGGAAAGCAAUUGUGAGGAUACUGAGAUAUCUUAGAUAUACUUGGGACUAUGGAUUACAUUAUUCCAGAGAUCCUACUAUUUUAGAAGGAUUCUCAGAUGCCAACUGGAUAUAUGAUAUUCAAGAUGCCAAAGGCACAAGUGGAUAUAUCUUUAAAUUGGGAGGAGGAGCUUUGUCAUGGAAAUCCUCAAGACAAAUGAUUAUAAGCAGAUCCGCAAUAGAAUCUAAGUUUGUAGCUCUAGAAAAAUCUAGAGAAGAGGUAGAAUGA